CUGAAAGUUUAAAAAAUGGAUAAACCAGGACUAGUUGGUCUUGCCGACCUUUAUUUGAAACAUUCGAUGGAUUUAAACCAUAACUCACAUUUGCCCGAAAAAAAACCCCAACACGAUCACAAUGCUGAAGACAACCCGGACUGCCACAAAAAGGCGAAUCGCAUAGAAGUGCUGUACAAAAAAAAGCUUGAAAAAAUGAAGAACGGGGAAUCGUGUGGUUUAAUCUGUGCCAAGAUCUUGUUUAUUCUCUUGGCCAUUGCCACAGUGAUAAACUCCCUGGCAGUCAUUAUAGUAGCAGCAUCAACAGCCUUCGCCACCAAGAUUUACAGCAGUGAUUUAUCAGGCCGACUGGUAGCCAUGAUCAUUCUCGCUGUGACUGCCGCCAUUGCCCUCUGCAUUGCAAUUUAUGCUAUUGUUGGAGUGUCUACCAAGAAAGUCAAGCCGUUAUAUGCGUCUGCAUUGGUGCUAUUUACCCUGGCCAUAAUUCAAGCAAUCUUAUCAGGGAUAUCGUUAAGGAUAUACCCAUCAGAUGAGGCGACAAUCUCAAGGUCGUUAGUAGAAUCAUUCAAGCUGGCCAGAGAGAACAAUCCACGACAUUUGAGGAUAUGGACGACGACUGAAAGUGACCUCAACUGCUGCGGCGUCUACAGCCCUGAGGACUACCGAACUCCUCGCAUGCCGAUCAUCUUCCCACCAGACGUGCCGAUAUCCUGCUGUCCCACUUACUCCCCCGACCGAUCCUCAUUGGUACAAGAGAGAGAGCGAGAGACCUGCAAGGCCAGGAAGGAAUACUUCGACAUAGGCUGCAAAAGUUUAGUCAUCGAAGUACUUAGAGAAUCAUCGACUAUAGUCCUCGGAGUCACUAUUCCGAUGAUUAUUUUCGAGGUUAUUUUGUCUAUAUUUAGCGGCUGUUUAUCCCGAGAGAAAAAACCAUCGAAGAAAAAAGCAAUGUGCCCGCCUUGUGCAGAAGACGGAGUCGCAAGUCCAAACCCUUCUUAAAGCA